CUUGCUGUCGCCAUAGCUGAUGGUGAAACAUGUCACUGGUACUGAUACCCGGGUAUUUUCACCAUUCUGCGUUCUACCCCAUCUUGGUGUUCCUGCUGAUGGACGGAUCUGUAGCCGACAGGUCGAUGUCUUGCACAAAAUUGUCCAGUCCUGCUACGGAAACGACAGUAUUGAGAGGCGGUGGUUGUUUCUUAUUGUCUCGAGUGGCCAGGACGUGGGAAGAGUCGGAAACUUUCUGUAAAGACCUGGGUGAUGGAUGGUCCCUUGUUGUGAUUGAGGAUGCUGAAACACAGACGCGUGUAGACAAUCUCACACUCACAGCCGGUGUCUCCUCACAGUCGUGGAUAGGUCUUCAUCGACAAGAAAAUAAGUACAAAUGGGUAUCAGGUAUCGAUCUGGGGUUUCCUACUUUCUUCAGAGAAUUGGGAGAAGGAGAAGUCUCGCCACCAGGAGACUGUGUCACAACAAGCCCUCCGGGAGAUACAAUCUAUGGAACAUGGAGUAACGCGGAAUGUACAACAAGACUAUUCACCAUAUGUCACACAAAUACAAUCCUUAUCCCCGUCACUUCCGGUGUUGCGGUUGUAGCUGCCGUGGCCGUAGUUGGGGUUGUAAUUAUUCUGUGUCGAAGAAACAAGGCGAAACGACUGCGUGUCAGGACUAUUGACACAGAUGCUGGUGACGACCGUGAAUCCGGAGACGUGAGUACAAAGCCGACGGUAGUGUACGCUGUCGUCACCCCAGGAAGGAAGAGAGAGACAUCCCAGGCUCCAAGUUAUGAUGCUGAUCCCGGCUAUCACUACAUACCGGUGGACGGCGAGGAUUCCGCGGGGCAAGGCGUCACUGACCCAAUGUAUGACACAGCAACAGCCCCACAGGGGAAACAACAAGUCACCCUCGACAACACAUACGACCGAGCUAUGUUCCGCCAGUCAGGGGAUGGCGUAUACGACCACACGAGUCUGACCCGGAAGUCACCACAAGUACAUGACACAAGCCAUUACGACCAUGCUAUUGUCCAAUAACAAUUUCGAAAAAAAAAUCACUGGUUAAAGAUUGACAUGUACAUAUUUGCAAACCAUGCAUUAUAUUUACACCCACGUUGCUGUUCUUUUGUAAAUAUGUUUACCUUCCAUUUAUAGCAUCAUCAUCUAGGUAAUAAAGAAUUGUUCAUGUGUAUAUUCAAACAAAGAUGUAAAGAUAUCUAUUAUCAAGAGUGGUCAGCUACUGUGACUACUUCCAAAUAUUUACGCACAUAUUCAACCUAUAAACUUGACAUAAUGCCGGAAACUUACCUACGAGUCUUGCCCUCGGCUCAUUUGCGUAGAGCACUGACCAAAUUUCGAUGUGGUAUUGCUGGUUUUAACAUACAAUUAUACAGAAGAUCGAAAAGUGCAGAUAUCGCAAUUGCCAUGUGUCCACAUUGCCUUAAUAAAUUAGAAAAUGAAUACCAUGUAUUACUAGAAUGUCCAUUGUACAACGAUCUACGGAAAAAAAUAUCUACCAUGUUAUUACUACACCAACCCCAACUAUCACAAGUUUGUAACUCUUCUGAAUUCAAAAUCAGCCAAUAUACUAGUACGUUUAGCUGUGUAUUGUACAAAAGUACCAUCACAUACAGUUCAUAUGUGAAUCAAUGUCCAGGCGCUCCGGACUCUUUACUAUUAUGAAUGUUGAUGUACUGUUGGCCUCAUGGCCAUCCAUACAAAUAAAAUCAUCUGUCUGUCUGUCAUCAUC